CGAUGUAUGUACUUACCAUUGAGGGGUAAGAGUAUGACACAAUCAAUGGCCGGUCUUACCAGGAAGUGCCUUAAUCGUCAAAAGUUCUUAAUGGGAAGGACGACUUAGAGAGAAAUCUUUCCAUCGACGAUCAUCGAAACUUCAUCUUUCCCGCGGAAUGACACACACUUCUAUAUCAUAUAUAAAUAUAUGAAAUCCUUUCUAACUAUCAUCAUUGAAACUUGAAAGUCGAAACAAACUUCAUCUUUCUCACACACUGACGCACACUUAUAUAUACAUAUAUAUAUAUAUAUAUAAUAUAAUAUAUACAUAUAUGCUUGUAUACAGAGUGCAAGCCCCCACCCAAGUUCCAACCCACAUAUAGAGAUAUAUUUGGUGGUAUAUCCUUGUGUUCCGAGCCUGUGAGCACUUUUGUCAGUCCAAAAUCCCAAUGCAGAAAAUGGGCACAGAUGACGCAAAAGCGAUUCCCUCAGAACACCACCGCCACCACCAUUCGGACACGGAGGUCAUUGGAAGCGACGCGACAUCUUACAGUGGCCCAUUGAGCGGACCUCUGAGCAAGAGAGCUGGCCGGAAAAGCGCUAGGUUCGCCGACACGUUGGCCGACGACGCCUAUGUGGAGAUCACCCUCGACGUCCGCGACGAUUCCGUUGCCGUUCACAGCGUCAAAACCGCCGACGGAGCCGACGUCGAAGACCCAGAACUGACGCUGCUCGCCAAAGGGCUCGAGAAGAGGUCUUCGUUCGGUUCAUCGGUGGUGAGGAAUGCCUCGUCUCGGAUCAAACAGGUGUCCCAAGAGCUCAAGCGUUUGGCCUCCUUCUCCAAACGAGGCCACCCGGUUCGAUUCGACCGGACCAAAUCUGCGGCCGGUCAUGCCCUCAAGGGGCUCAAAUUUAUCAGUAAGACCGAUGGCGGCGCUGGGUGGCCGGCGGUGGCGAAGCGGUUCGACGACCUCACUGCUUCCUCCAAUGGGUUGCUUCCUCGUUCAAAUUUCUGUGAAUGCAUAGGGAUGAAAGGGUCGAAAGAUUUUGCGGGAGAGCUUUUCGAUGCACUUGCCCGGAGACGGAACAUAAUGGGUGAUUCCAUCAACAAGGAUCAGCUCAAAGAGUUUUGGGACCAAAUCUCGGAUCAGAGCUUCGAUUGUAGGCUUCAGACUUUCUUUGACAUGGUUGAUAAAGAUGCAGAUGGCAGAAUCACUGAAGAAGAGGUCAGAGAGAUUAUCUGCCUUAGUGCUUCUGCAAACAAACUUUCGAGUCUCCAGAAACAGGCCGACGAAUAUGCAGCAUUGAUCAUGGAAGAGUUAGAUCCUGAGCAUCAUGGGUACAUCAUGGUAGAAAACCUGGAGAUGCUUUUGUUGCAAGCUCCGGGUCAUUCUGUAAGAGGUGAUAGCCGAAAUUUGAGCCUUAUGCUGAGCCAGAAGCUUAAGCCUACUCUGGAGGAAAGCCCUUUAAAGAGAUGGUACCGAGAGUCUAAGUAUUUCUUACUGGAUAACUGGCGGAGAAUUUGGGUGAUGGCACUCUGGAUUGGGGUUAUGGCAGCUCUAUUCGCAUACAAGUAUGUGCAGUAUCGAAACAAAUAUGAUGCAUAUGAGGUAAUGGGUCAUUGUGUUUGUAUGGCCAAAGGUGCAGCAGAGACCCUUAAGUUGAACAUGGCUCUGAUUUUACUACCAGUCUGCCGGAACACCAUCACCUGGCUCAGAAACAAGACUAAAUUAGGAGUUGCCGUUCCAUUUGAUGACAACCUCAAUUUCCACAAAGUAAUAGCUGUGGCGAUUGCAAUUGGGGUUGGGAUACAUGCGAUUGCUCAUUUAUCAUGUGAUUUUCCUCGUCUUAUGCAUGAAGACUCUGACAAGUAUGAAAAGCUGAUGAUGAAAUAUUUCGGGGACCAGCCUAAAGAGUACUGGCACUUUCUGAAGGAAGUGGAGGGGGUGACCGGUAUCUUAAUGGUAGUGUUGAUGGCAAUUGCCUUCACACUCGCGACUCCAUGGUUUAGGCGAAACAAGCUCAACCUACCCAAACCUCUCAAGAAGCUCACCGGAUUCAAUGCCUUCUGGUAUUCUCAUCACCUCUUCGUUAUUGUCUACACUCUGCUCAUUGUUCAUGGAAUCAAGCUUUACCUGACCCGUGGUCCAUUGUACAAGAAAACGACCUGGAUGUACUUGGCAGUUCCUGUCAUGCUAUAUGCUGGUGAAAGAUUGAUUAGGGCAUUCAGAUCUAGCAUCAAGCCUGUCAAGAUACUAAAGGUGGCUGUUUAUCCUGGAAAUGUGCUGGCACUUCACACGUCUAAGCCUCAGGGCUUCAAAUACAAGAGUGGGCAGUACAUGUUUGUCAACUGUGCUGCUGUUUCUCCAUUUGAAUGGCACCCAUUCUCCAUUACUUCAGCCCCUAGAGAUGAAUACCUGAGCGUUCAUAUCCGGACUCUUGGUGAUUGGACACGACAACUUAAAACUGUGUUCUCAGAGGUGUGCCAGCCACCGCUUAAUGGGAAAAGUGGACUCCUCAGAGCGGACUGCUUGCAAGGAGUAAACAAUCCAAAUUUUCCAAGAGUGUUUAUUGAUGGUCCAUAUGGGGCACCAGCACAAGACUACAAGAAAUAUGAGGUGGUGUUACUGGUGGGGUUAGGAAUUGGGGCGACGCCAAUGAUAAGCAUUGUCAAAGACAUUGUGAAUAAUAUGAAGGCCAAUGAAGAAGAAGAAGAAGAGUGUGCUUUAGAGAACGGGUUGGCUGGUGGUGGCAGCACACCAAAGCGAAAAGCUGGGUCCGUUGGUGGCAACAACUUCAAAACAAGGAAGGCAUACUUCUAUUGGGUUACAAGGGAACAAGGUUCAUUUGAGUGGUUUAAAGGGGUGAUGAAUGAGGUUGCUGAAUUGGAUAACAAGGGAGUUAUAGAAAUGCACACCUACUGCACUAGCGUUUACGAAGAAGGUGACGCCCGCUCAGCACUCAUCACCAUGCUUCAAUCACUCAACCAUGCCAAGAACGGCGUCGACGUUGUCUCUGGUACCCGAGUGAAAUCCCACUUUGCCAAGCCUAACUGGCGCAAUGUCUACAAACGCAUUGCUCUCAAUCACACUGAUGCCAAAAUUGGAGUAUUUUACUGUGGGGCACCCGCACCAACAAAGGAGCUAAAGCAGCUAGCUUCAGAUUUUUCUCGCAAGACCACCACCAAAUUUGAGUUUCACAAAGAAAAUUUCUGAGAUGAGUUGGAAAACCAACAAUAGAAAAGUCAUUGUCAUCUUUCUCUCUCUUCAUGUACAGUGAUUGUAGCCACAAGAAGUUUGUGUCUUUCACGUUUCUUAGUACUUGAUUUUCUGAGAUUAGAAUUAUUGAUAGAGAAGUGGAGGCAUGGUAGGUGAAAUUAAGUUGAUGCCGGCAAACGAUAGUGGAAUUUUGGUCCCGUUUGGAUUGGGGACCACGAAGCACUAAACAUGGAUAAGGUGGAAUCUGCGUCCGGGUGACGGAUAGAUAAUGUCAUCCCUGCGUACAAGGAUGGUGGAAAUUAAGUUACCGACCACCAACCAAUGUAUUGACUCUGAAAUGUAUAUGCCUUUUAGAUAUGUUUUUUUUUUCUUCAAAUACACAAUGAAUACACAAGUCAAAUAAGAAAUUUUUACA